AUGGGUUGUGCUUCACGCUUUAUCUUUGCCGCAUUGAGCGGAACGAUGGCACUGGCUUCGGUUCGUCCUCAGCAUGAACCGUUCCAGCCCAUCGAUCCUCAGAACUGGGUCAACCCGGAUGACAUGACCUGGGCAGACUACAAAGCAUCUCCAGGCACGAACUGGAGUGACCCUAGUCGCAUCGGCUCGGAUAGAAAUUUCAAGAUUGCAUUGGUAGUAGUCGACUAUGACAACUUGCCAUUUGUGAUUUCUGCCCCCCCAAACUCGACUGUAUUUGGAAAUCCACUGCCGCGGCAUGGGAACAUUGAAAGAGGCAAUGUUCCGUCGUAUUAUCGCGAUUUAUUGAACAAGCCGACAGAAUUAAACCGUGGGCAUACGCUCCAUGAAUACUGGAUGGAAGACUCUGGCGGCCGAUUUGGCGUUGACUUGACCUCUUUUGGCCCAUAUCGGAUGCCGGCGCACCACUUUCGCUACGGCGUGGAUGAGCAAUUCAAUCCAGGAGCAUGCCCAACAAACGAAACUUGCUCUUUGAGUCUCCGGGAUGCGGCAUUUUCGGCAUGGCGCCAUGAUGUUGGCAACGACACGGCAAAUGCAUUCGAGCUCGUCUUCAUUCUUUCUGCCGGACAGGAUGAAUCCUCAACCUGGCAAGAAUUUGGCGAGAUGAAGUUUGCCAGCGAAGAUCAUGUUCCAGAUGCGUUUGGCCCUCCGGCCGGGGCUCAAAUCCCUAACUUUGCUGCCACGCGCUAUGUGAGCUGGACGUCGUGGGCUUCCGCUUCCACCGUCUGGCCCAACGCAGGUGGAGGAUCUUCUCUCCAGUGCGAAAGCUCUGGGAUGGCCACUUACGCACAUGAGCUCAGCCAUCUGCUCAACAUCGGAGACAACUACAACAAUCCUUAUGGCCAGCCCCCGAGACGAUCGUACACAGGCCCUUGGUCCAUGCUGUCGCGAGGAACCUUUAAUGGUCCUGGUGGCCCCCACAGCCGUUGGCAAAUCCCGGCCCUUCAGGGCGGCGCUUUGGGCUCACAACACUCCGUCAGAGACAAGCUUUACAUUGGUCUCAUCUCCGACAACCGGAUUCUCAAUGUCUCAAAGUCCUCAUUGCAGACCCAGGGUCCUAUGACCACCAGAGUCACAGCCAGAAACUCGCAGUGUGGCAUCAUAGCGCUCUGUGUUGCUUUUGGCCAAGAUUCAUCCCCGGCCUGCAAUGCCACAACGGACCCCAUGUGCGACGGCGGCAAGUACAAUGCGUACGAUCUCGAAGUCGUUGAUCGCAUGGGCACCGACUCGUUUCAGGCAGACUCUGGAGUCAUGAUCAGCAAGAUCAAAUACGCGGCCACGGCCCCGUUCCAGUGGACUAUUGAUGCAAACCCGCAGGACAUUGGGCUGGUGGACUUUGUCCGGCCUAAUGGUACAAAGUCAAUGGUCAGCAUAGGUGACUACCGCCAGCUUCUUGAUGCGUUGUUUCACGCCGGCACCGACUCGGGAAGCGAGUUUGAGCACAUUGACGAGCCCAACGGGCUGCACCUCUACGUCCUAGGCCGGCACCGCUCCAGCAAGGGCACUCUUUCCUACACGGUGGCCGCCCGAUCUCUUCAAGAUACAAGUGGCAUUGAGUACGGGGCUGAGCUGUCUGCUGGAUCAGUUGUUUCUACUGCUGGGGCAGGGGCUAGCGCUGGGGUAUUUUGUUCUUUCAACUUAAGGAACAAUGGUACGCAGAAGCAUGAGACCUCCAGUGACAAGGUUGAAGCGCAAAAGUACACGAGUUCCGAUAUUUACAGGCUGAGCGCUACAGUCUCUGGUUCCGGGUGGGAGGUCCAAGUGCCCAACGAGGUUGCCACGGCACAAUUCGGUCAAGAAGUUUCUGUUUUGGUUGCCGCAAAGGCUUCUGAGGGAUCGCAUACUGAAGCGACUGUGACUUUGAAGGCGACUUCCGAGUCGGACAAGAAUGCCGUGGCUGUGGCCGAAUGUAAGAUCAGGACGAAGCGGGAUAAGCCUGACAGCAACUUUCUAUAUCAGCUGCCGUAA